AUGGGCUGUAGCUGCAGUUCGGAUUACUCAGACAACGAGUGGACGGAGAAUUUAGACGAGAUCUGUGACCACUGCAACUGUCAGAUCCCUUCUUCAGCAUGCAACGCAUACACAGAUGAUCGGAUUCCCUACCACUCACACGCCUCACCACAGUCGCCACCUACAUCUCCGUUGCCAGCCGACAAUCUGGUAGUGGCUAUUUACAGUUACGAACCUGCCCAUGAGGGAGACCUGGGUUUUGUGAAGGGAGACAAACUCAAAAUUCUGAAUAAGGAUGAUCCGGAGUGGUUUUUAGCUGAAUCUUUGACCAGCGGGAAGACUGGAUACAUCCCGUUCAACUUUAUAGCCACAAACACAGUGGAGACAGAGCCGUGGUUCUUCAGGAAUAUUUCUCGAAACGAUGCGAUGAGGCUCCUGCUGGCUCCUGGAAACACUCAGGGGUCCUUUCUGAUCCGCGACAGUGAGACCACCCCAGGUUCCUUCUCCUUAUCUGUCAGAGAUUUUGACCCAAACAAAGGCGAUGAAGUCAAGCACUACAAAAUCCGCAAACUGGACAACGGUGGCUAUUACAUCUCAGCCAAGGUUUCCUUCAGCUCUCUGAAAGAACUGGUGCAGCACCACUCACGGUUUUCAGAGGGGCUGUGUACAAAGCUGGUGAAGGCGUGCCAGUCCAGGGCACCACAGACGCCCUGGGGGCAGGAUGAGUGGGAGAUCCCAAGAGAAACUCUAAAAAUGCAGCGCAAACUUGGAGCUGGGCAGUUUGGAGAAGUUUGGAUGGGUCUCUACCAAAACGAGAGAAGAGUUGCGAUCAAGAAACUUAAGAUCGGCACAAUGUCAGUGGAGGCCUUCCUGGCUGAAGCCAACAUGAUGAAGAACCUGCAGCACAAGCGCCUGGUCCGCCUCUUCGCUGUGGUCAGCCAGGAGCCCAUUUGCAUCGUCACUGAGUUUAUGGAAAAUGGUAGUCUUGUGGAUUUCUUGAAAACACCAGAAGGAAAUAGCCUAAAAUUGAGCACUCUGAUCGAUAUGGCAUCUCAGGUUGCAGAUGGCAUGUCCUUCAUUGAACAGAAAAAUUACAUCCAUCGAGAUCUGCGAGCUGCAAAUAUCCUGGUUUCUCAUGAGCUCAUCUGCAAAGUGGCUGACUUUGGGCUUGCAAGACUUAUAGAAGACAAUGAAUACACAGCCAAAGAGGGCGCAAAGUUUCCGAUCAAGUGGACAGCUCCAGAAUCCAUCAAUUAUGGCACUUUUACUAUUAAAUCUGAUGUGUGGUCAUUUGGGAUCCUGCUAACAGAAAUUGUGACAUAUGGACGCAUUCCCUACCCUGGUAUGUCCAACCCAGAAGUCAUCCAGAACUUGGAACACGGAUACAGGAUGCCACAGCCAGACGAAUGCCCCAAUAGCCUUUACGAGGUCAUGCACCUAUGCUGGAAAGAAACACCGGAGGAUCGACCGACUUUUGAAUAUCUGAGGAGUGUUUUAGAAGAUUUUUUUACUUCUACAGAGAGACAAUAUCAAGAGUAG